AUGGUAGGAAGUGAGGUGACAACUCGACCAAGGCUCGAAGAGCAGUGUCCCGUCUGUGGAGAUCGUGUGUCCGGUUAUCACUACGGGCUGUUAACUUGCGAGAGUUGCAAGAGUUAUCAAUGCGCAGCGUCUUCAAAUUGCCCAGUAGACAAAGCCGGUCGUAAACGUUGUCCACGGUGCCGUUUUGCAAAAUGUCUACAGCAGGGCAUGAAAAUCGAAGGUAUUUGA